UCACUCCUCCGCCUUUCUUGUCCCAGUGCCCAAAAAUGUGAAACGCAAUCCGAGCAGCAGGUCACAGCGAGUGGCUAUUUUAAACUGUAAAAAACUCCGCUCAGUUCGGGAGGAAUAUGGCAGCGGGAGAGCGCGGACUUUCGGCCGGGAUUCGAAUAAAAUGACGGAACCUCGCCCGUCGCUUUACUCCGCGUUCACGUUUCCUGCGGUUUCGUUGCUGGCGUGUUUCUCAUGUCUCUCCCGGUAGUUCUGCCUGGAUCGUGUUGUCGUUUAACCGGGGCUUCCCUCGCCCCUCAGUUUGCCGAUCCUUCCCGGAGGAGCCGCUGUAUGGCCACGGUUCCGUGGCGGAUGCGGGGAUCGGAGUCGCGGCUCGUGCCGCCGCUGCUGCCCGCGCGCCCGCUGCUCUCCCUCGGGCUGCUGCAGCUGAUGCUCGGCUGCUCCAUGGUGGCUCUCUCGUUCGGAGCUCUCUCCCUCAGCAACUCGCCUCCUGUCCGCAACUCCUGUCCGUUCUGGGCUGGAUCAUCAGUUAUCCUGUCAGGGAUUAUCGGCCUCACCACAUGGAAGAGGCCCAUGCUCCUGCUGGUGAAUCUGUUCGUGCUGCUGUCCAUGGUGUGUAUCCUGCUGAAUCUGGCGGGAUUUAUCCUCUGCUGUCAGGGAGCUCAGCUGGUGUCCAGUACCAUCCACUGUCAGCGGGAUGGGACUAGUGAUAUCUGUAACUGCUGUGCAGAGAGCCCCAGCAAGUGCCAAGAAGAGGAGGUGAUAAAGAUCUACGCAGGUCACUCAUGCGCAUCGAUGAGAGUGCUGCUCAAGAAAGUCCUGUUUGCACUGUGUGCACUGAAUGCGCUGACCACAGUAGUGUGUCUGAUUGCAGCCGCGCUCAGGUACCUGCAGAUCUUCUCCACCAGACGGCCCUGCAUGGAAGAGCCACGAACCAUCGCAGAGGAAGAAGAGCAGCCACACAUUCCUGAUCCGGAUGACUUUGUUCCACCCGCACCACCUCCUUCCUACUUUUCCACCUUUUACUCCUACACACCACGGCUGGCUCGCAGGAUGUUUGGUGACAGUGUGAUCCCACUGCCUCACAUAUACGGGGCGAGGAUAAAAGGCGUGGAGGUUUUCUGUCCCCUCGACCCUCCUCCCCCGUACGAAGCGGUAGCGGCAAGGCAGGCCGAGCCAUCACAGGAACAGGACCCUGAGGUUCAAGUGACAGAUCUGACCGAGAGGGUGUCACGCUGCUCUGAGACGGACACGGCCAGCAAUGACAGGUGUAUGCAGACAUCCGUACUGAGCUCGUCCCCGCCCUCGCAGUCCAUCACUGCCUCGACGGGCAGCAGGAAGCCUCGUAGACAGCGGCACCGCAGGUCCAACAGUGACCCUGUUCUCCUGGACCUGACUGCUAAAGCAGUAAUGAGCUGUGAAGCAGCCACACAGACAGAAGUAGGUCCUGGGACAGCUGCAGGGCCAGGGCCUGAGCCGGAGCAUCCGGUUGUUACUCUGCGGCGGGGGAAGGGCCAUCGCCGACCACGCCCCUCCUCCAUGGUGGACUAUCAGAGCUACAGAGACACCAAGCUGCUAGUGGCACGUUUCCUGCAGCAGCAGUCGCCGUGUAGCCUGACGCCUGAGGUAGAAGAGCUGAUCAACAGCAUUAAGAGUGUGCUGCGCUCUGAUCAGGAACACAUGGAAGAGGCCGUGCGCUGUGCCACCUUAAUCCAGCAGGUGAUGAGUGUUUCAGAAAGUGGCCAGGCGAAGCUAUCGUCUUCCAGACAGACGCAGCCAGCCUGCACAUCUCACACGCUGCCUCUGCGCAAGCGCCCGGGUCUCCUCCACCUGCGCAGCUGUGGGGACCUCAGCACCUUCACCUGGGCAGAGCUGCAGACCAGUGGGCAGGGCAGGCCGAGCUCCCGGGUCAACUCCAGGACGGGUUUUCGGACCGGACCCCGGCGGCUGGCACAGGAGCGACCGCACAGCCUGAUAGGUGUCUCUCGAGAGACCAUGAUCUAAAAGCUGAAAGCUUAUGUUGUGUGUGUGCUGGAGUUGAGGAAUGUCCCAAAUGACACAAAGCUUCAAAAUAGCAGAUAUAGAAUUUGUGCUUGUUUUUCUUUUGCCUCUAUUUUAUUUUUUUUUUUACAAGACAUUGUGUUUGUAGAGUUCUAAUUCUGAUAGAAUUUAUUUAAGUCUAUGUUGUACAUAAAGCUGUGGCACAGUUAAAUUCUGCACUGCACUAAACCGCGCCAGAGGCACUACCACUGGGUAGUAACAUUACCAAUGAUACACUGCUUCCCCUAAAACAAUGUUAAACAGACACCUUUAUGAUGAGAUGGAGAUGGAAAAUAAAACUUAUAUACUUGUUAUGAAGAUGUGUAAUCCCUGAUUAUCAACUGAUUUUAUAUACAGAGUCAGCCAAAAAAAAGUAUGCACACUUUAAAUUUUAAUACAAAAUGUAUUGCUAUAUGUUAUAUAUUGAAGUAUAUGAUAUUAUUAUGGUAAUAAUAUGAUAUAUUAAUAUCACAUACAUCAUCAUAUUUUUCUUUUCCUGAAGUGUGUAUAUGCAUGCUAUAUUACUCACGUCAUUGAAGACAUUCAAGUUAUGGUAACUUAUUAAGUUGUAUAACCUCAGUUAAAAAAUGAUACAAGGCGUAAAACUGAAGAUUCAAGCACAGUACGGUAAUGAGACUCUUAGCAGCAGUAAAACAUUUGAAUGGUGCAAGUUUUAAAGAAGGCUGUACAUCCAUUAAUGAUGAGUGAGUUAAAAAAUGUGAAAAAAAAAACAACCUGGUCUGUUUUUUUGCAGGACCUUAUAGUGACCUCGCUCCAAGAUAUUUUCCACAUGUUUGGGUGAUUAAUGGAGUUCCUUGGAGGCCAGGGUUUUUAGAUGUGAAGCAGGCAGGCAGACAAUCCAUUCUGGCAUACUGAGAAAACUUGGUAUCCAAGUACUAUGUUUGGGAUGAAUGCAUUAGUGGUACAAGGGAUUAUAUAGAGAAAUAAGGGUAGUUUUUAAACUCUCAUAACUGUGUUCUGUUAUUCUGAAUUCUGAUUUGAAUGCCCCUGUAAAAC